AUGAUCUGCACGAACCCGGCAGGCAGGCGUCGCGUGCACGUGAUCUCGCCAACGGACGGUCAGAUCGUCGCCAGCUGCUGCGGCAAUACCGAGGGAUCUGCCACUGCUGCUGAUUCUGCCACUGACUCUGCUGCUGCUGGGUGCAAUGAUGACGCGAAAGGCUUCUCUUCUACGGUGGUGGAUUUCCCCUGGAAUUGCGGAGUGCUGCCGCAGACCGCCGCUGCCUCGUCAGCGGCGUCGCUGUCAGAUGCUGACGUGUUGCUUCCUGUGGAAGCCGUGGACAUUGCGCCGUCCCGGCACUCAGCUGGAGAUAUUUAUGAGGUUCUGAGCUCUCCUCCUUUCUUUCCAUCCCGCAUCGUCACCCCAUCCUCCCUUUUCCCCUGCUGCCCUCCCCCACCGCCUCCCCCUGCCUCUUCCCUGCCUUCCCCCCCACCUGGUUCUUUCCCCCCCUCGCCCCACCAGGUGCGCGCACAUGCAGUCAUCGCUAUACCCAAUCCCCUCACACUAUCCGUAGCAUACCGCCUGGUCGUGUCUGACGUCAGCGCUGAGUCAGCACCGUAUGAGCUGGACGGUAAUGCGCUCAUGGCUGUGCUUCAGCGCGUCUGCGCUUGGCUGGAGUCAACUGACACGUGGCUGCUCUCCGGCCAUGCUGACGUGGCAAUGCAGGCCACUGUGGACCCUGACGAGGUGGCAAAGGUUCUGGAUGAGACCCACGUGGCAUGGGCUGAGCUGUACGUGCUAUCUCAACCGUUCUUGCCCGCUGCACUCCUGCUAUCACCCAUACCCGAAUACCCAGCACACAGUGAACCCAUUGCAGCAGCAGCACCAGCAGCAGCACCAGCAGCAGCAACACUCCCCACACUCAUUCUUGAUUCCGCGACCUCACCCGCUCCCAGCUCCUCACUGCCUGAUACCGCCACACUCCCACACACGCUUCCACUCCCACACACGGCCCCUGCUUCUAGGCCUGGCUCUGCACCGUCCCGCACUUGUGCUGCUGCAGACACACCAGCAUCAACACAUGCGGCAGCAGCAGUAGCAACAGGAGCAGAAGCAGCAGCAGCAGCAGCAGCAGCAGCAGCAGGGGCAGCAGGGGCAGCAGGGGCAGCAGGGGCAGCAGGGGCAGCAGGGGCAGCAGGGGCAGCAGGGGCAGCAGGGACAGCAGGGGCAGGAGGGGCAGCAGGGGCAGGAGGGGCAGCAGGGGCAGCAGCAGGCAGGCCAGGAGGCCGCUCUGCCUCCAGAGUCGCUCUGCCUACAGGGGCAGCAGGGGCAGCAGCAGGGGCAGCAGUAGAGACGCCAGGCGAUGACACAAGCUCAUCAGAAGCCCCUCCAGCCCUCACAAGGCGCAGCUCCACAGGAGGCCGCUCUGCCUCCAGAGUCGCUCACUCUGCUCCUCCUCACCCUUCCGCCUCUUUCCCUUCCGCGUCUCUCGCUUCCGCCCCCCACCCUUCUACCGGGUCAUAUAUCAGUGUCCCACACAGCGGGGACGCACACAGCACUGGCGCAUACAAUGAGGGCGCACAACAGGGGGGCGCCGCGCAGGUGGGGGGCGCAUACAGUGGGGGCGCGCAGGGCAGGGGCGUACACAGCGCCGGCGUACUCAGCGGAGGCGUACACAGCAGGAGCGGACACAGCGGGGGCGGACCGGGGGGGGGAGGACAGAGGGGGGCCGCAUCCAAUGGGGACGCACAGGUAAGCGAGAGGUGGCGAAGGGCAGCAGCAGGGGCACGAUCCAUGGCUGUUGGGGCGCAAUCCGUGGCUGCUGCUGAUGGGGGAAGAGGAGGGGGCAGAGGGGGAAUGGGGAACGGAAUGGCUGGUGGAGGGGGAGGAGGAAGGAGGGGAGAGGUUGCUGGCCAUACCAUAGGCGGGCAGAAUCGCACGGCGCCAUACCGUUACAAAGCCACCGGUUACCAGCAGCAGCUAGGUCACAGGGAGCUAUUCCCUUACAGCCCCCCCAGUCACCAACAGCUAGGUCACAGGGAGCAAUACCGUUACAGAACCACCGGUUACCAGCAGCAGCUAGGUCCCAAGGGGCUAUUCCGUUAG